UUUCCUUCCAUCUCGAGCUCUAGCAAUGGCGGAUGAGGUAAUUCUGCUGGAUUUCUUGCACAGCCCCUUCGGAAUGAGGGUGAGAAUCGCCCUGGCCGAGAAACGUGUGGCGUUCGAGAGAAGGGAAGAGAACCUGAGCAACAAGAGCGAUUUCCUCCUGAAGGCGAACCCGGUUCACGGGAAAGUACCGGUUCUGAUCCACAACGGAAAACCGGUUUGUGAAUCGCUGGUCAUAGUUCAAUACAUUGAUGAGGCUUGGAAGGACAAAUCGCCACCGUUGUUGCCUUCAGAUCCUUACGAGCGAGCGAAAGCCCGGUUCUGGGCCGACUUUGUAGACAAAAAGAUUUAUGAAAUUCAACGUCGCUUGGGAUGGGGUCCUCUCAAAGAUCGAGCAAUAGCGAAGAAUGAACUCAUAGAGUGCCUUAAGGUGUUAGAGGUUGAGCUCGGGGAGAAAACUUACUUUGGGGGUGAAAGUUUCAAUAUUGUGGACAUUGCAUUUGUUCCUUUCAGUGCUCGCUUUUAUGCCUAUGAGACUUUUGGAAACUUCAGCAUGGCUGUCGAGUGCCCUAGGUUGGUGAGAUGGGUUCAAAGAUGCAUGCAAAAGGAGAGUGUGGCCAAGUCUCUGCCUACACAGCAAGCAAGUUAUGAGUACCUUUUGGAACGCGAAAAGCAAUUAGGGGUUCUAUAAGCUUCAUUUUUAUUGAGAAAGGUGACUAAGCCUUCUAAAAAUGCAUUCCAAAUUGUGUCAUAGUUAGACACAAAAAUAAGAGACCCAUAUAGGGUCCACCCUUGUAUUUACCAUAUAAACCCAAGGUACACUAUUCAAGAUAUCAAAUUAAUAUUGUAAUUUUAUUUGAUUACCAUA